CAUCAUCAAACCAUAACUUGUGAUAUUGCGCCGGCGUGUUCGUUCGUAGUGAAAGAAAACUAUAACACGUGUUCGAAAUAAAAGGAUAAUUUCUAACGAAGUUAUACUUAUCUUAUUUAUUCAAGUCUAAAAGCAAUAAAGACUCGUUUUCUACAAUGACUGAAGAAAAAGAAGUGGCGACUGAAACCAACGGUCAAGAAAAUGAUAAAGAAAACAAUGCCGAGGAGGAAACUAAUUUAGAAAGUGCCGUCAUUCGGCAAGUUGAAUACUAUUUCAGUGAUGUGAAUCUCCCCCGGGAUAAGUUUUUGCGAGAACAAGUAACAUUGGAUGAUGGUUGGGUGCCUCUCGAUGUGCUCACCAAGUUCAACAGGCUGGCUAAACUUAGUACGGACAUAGAAGUCAUUGCUAAUGCCCUUGCCAAAUCAACAUCUGGUCUCCUUGAGAUUUCAGAUGAUAACAAAAAAGUAAGACGGAAUCCCGAGUUGCCAAUCCCAGAGAUGAACGAGGAGCGGCGCAAGGAGAUGAUGGCAAGAACUGUCUAUGCCAAAGGUUUCCCUAAAGAUUCAACCUUGGAUGACCUUCUUAAAUUCUUUAAAGAUUAUGAUGGUGUUGAAAAUAUUAUAAUGAGAAGAUAUCAGGACAGACAGACCAAGAAAAGACAUUUCAAGGGAUCAGUGUUUUUAACUUUUAAGACUAAAGAACAGGCUGACAAAUUUAUGGAAAACAAAGGUAUGAAACACAAUGACACAGAACUGAUUGUUCUUUGGCAAGACAAUUAUCUGCAGAUGAAGCAAGAAGAGCAUGCUGCCAAAAAAGAACAUAGAAACAAGAAAAAUAAAGAAAAAGAAGAAAAGAAAGAAGAGAAGGAAUUCAAACUGCCGACCGGCACUGUGUUGCAUUUUAAGCAAGAAAACGAGAAAAUGACCAGAGAAAAUAUUAAUGAAGCCUUAGUUGCAUUAGGUGCAGAGAUAGCUUUUAUAAGCUACAAAAUUGGAGAAAAAGAAGGUUGGGUGCGACUCACGAAAGAGGAUGCAGCCAAAGAGGUAGCGGUGAAAAUACCAGAUGGAAAACUGACAAUUGAAGACACAGAAGUUGUCUUCAAACUUCUUGAGGGUGAUGAAGAGAAGGCAUAUUUAGAUAAAACGAUUGAAGAAAUGUCGAAACGUCGCAGAAACCAGAAGAACUUCAAACAGAAUAAAGGAAAGAACUACAAAGGGAAACAGAACAGGAAACGUAAACAGGAUGACCAUGGUGAUGCACCACCUUCUAAGGUUAAGGCUGAUAGUUAGUUAUUACAUUGUACUGAAUUUAUUAAUCUAAGGAUGCUUCCAUAUUACAAAGAAACAAUUUCAAGAUAUUUCCUAUACAUAACUAUAAACCUGUGAUUAAAAUAAAUAUUUAUUCCAGAAUCGUAAAUAUUGAUAACUUUACAGGGCACAUAAACAUAAUAGUUGAGUUCUGUGCUAUUAAAAAAAGGUUGAUCAGAAAAUUAUAUCCUAUUUGUUUCAGUACUCAAGUAGAGUUCUAAUUACUGUAAUACUGUUAGAUAUUAAGAGUAAAAUUUAAACAGCCUUAACUAUAUAUGCAUCUAAAUGCACAUAAUUAAAAAAAACUAAUAUACAUAUAAUUAAAUGCAGGUUACAGUUGUUACAUAGGUUGUAAAUCAGGAACUAAGUUCCUCUCUGUAAUCUGCUAAAUUUGUGUAAUUAAAAUUACUUUUAAAA